AUGGCAAAACCCCAAUAUUUCAUGUCAAUAAAACUCCUCUUCAUUCUCUACACAAUCAAACAAUCGCACCAAUUUGAUUCCAAUGCUGACUCGUCCCUUUUCUUGGUCGCGCACAACUUGGCACGGGCCAAGAAAGGGCAGUUACCGCUAUUUUGGGACGCCAAAAUUGCGAGAAACGCGAGACGCUGGGCGUCCCAAAGAAAAGCAGACUGUGCGUUGCAACAUUCCCAGUCGAAAGGGCUUGGGGAGAACAUAUUUUGGGGAGGCGGGUCGGGGUGGAGCCCGACUGACGCGGUUAAUUUGUGGGCCGGGGAGGAGAAGGACUAUUCUUACAAGGAUAAUUCGUGCGUGGACGGCCGAAUGUGCGGCCACUACACGCAGAUCGUGUGGCGGAGCACUAGGAGGGUUGGUUGCUCUAGGGUUAUUUGUGACAGUGGUGACACUUUCAUAGUUUGUAAUUAUGAUCCGCCUGGUAAUUAUAUUGGUGAGAAACCGUACUGAUGGAUCAAUAUCUUAUUAUAUCAUCUAAAUAAUAUAUAUUUAUAUAAUAUAAUGUUAGAUUGUAUUGUCCUGAAUUUAUUUUUAUAUAUAUACGUAACAAUUAUAAA